UUAUACCGAUCCACAAAUCUCCAAUUCCCAAUUCAUUCCGAGCAGUCCUAAAGAUUUUGCGUACAAAUCAUCUGAAGAAAUUGAUUUGUUAUGGGAGGCCAUGGAGGUCUCAAUAUUCUACCGCAGAAGCGGUGGAAUGUGUACAAUUAUGAAAACCGAGAGAAAGUUCGCCAGGACGAGGAAGCCGCGGCCAAAGAGGAGCAGCUGAAGCGCGAGCAAUCUAGGAGGCGCGAUUCCGAGUUUCGCCUCGAGCGCCUCCGCGCUGCCCGCAACUUGGAUCCGGUGACGCGAUCUGCAGAGCCCGAUGAACUGGAGCCUAAGACUGGCCAUAUUAACCUCUUCGAGGGGAUUAAGAUCUUCGACCCUAUUAAGGGUUUAGAGAACGGGGGAGGUGAUGACGAAGAUGGGUUUAAGAAGAAGCAGAAGAAGAUGAAGAGAGAGGAGGCCGCGCCCAAGGUUGUGGGUCCGGAGGAUGAGAAGUAUAGGUUAGGGUACGGGUUAGCGGGGAAAGGAGUCAAGUUACCCUGGUACCUUGAAAGGCGGAGCAGUAAUGAGAAUGGCGAGAGUGGUAGGGAUAAUGGGUCGGCGAGAGGAGUGGAGGAAGAGGGAAAGAAAAGUGGGAAGAAGACGUUGGAGGAAUUAAGGAAGGAGAGGUUGAAAAGGGAAAAGCGGGAGAAGGAGAGGGAACGGGCCUUAGUGUUGGAGAAGAAUCGAAGAGAUGGAGCUGGCUCUAAGGAUAGAGUGUUUUCCAGGAGGGGGUGAUCAAGCCAAGUGAGCGUGAUUUUCUGCAAUUUACAUGAGUUGUGUAUGGCUCAUCAUCUUUUGUAACUUAUGUUCAUCUAUCAAGAUUUGGGUCGUUGUAAGCUUGGGAUUGAGAAAAUUUAUUGCACCCUGGCGACUCAUUUCCAUGUAUAUUCUACCCGAGAAUCUCAAUUUUCAUAUGAAGUACGACUGCAUGCAUUUCAUUUGCAGUCGAAGUCUGGAGGAAGUUUCCCUUGCUCGUGCUUGAAUUUGGUCGAGUAAAAAGUAUCGUAGUUACUUGGAGAGAAUGACUCUUUUGUACAUAAUGCAUUGACCCAGGAAAUUAUGUUUCAGAGAAUAAAAUUGAAUGUUAAUUGUAA